UACAAAUCCUACAUGAAAUAUUCAAUUGAUGCAGACAACUGUGUUUCUAUUCCAUGCUUAUGUCCCUCUCAAACCUAUGAAAAACCACUGACCCAACCCAAGACCUCUUGCACAAACCGCUAACAACUCCUUCCUGGUUUCAUCACUUUGACUUGAGACCUUAAGCAUCUUUGAGAUACAAGAAACCCAUCGUUCCCAGAUUUGUUCAACUUCAAUACAAUGCCUAUCAUAGAAAUUGUCCUGACUGCGGUAAUAACCGUUUUGGUUGAGAAAUUGGCCACUUUCAAUCUGUUGAAAUUUGCUGGCAGUCAGGAAAUUCUUACCCAAGUGACGAAAUUGCGCAACGUGCUGAGGACUAUUCAAGCGGUGCUCAACGAUGCAGAGACUAAGCAAAUAAGGGACGAAGCUAUGAAUCAGUGGCUGGCGGAACUGAGGGAUCUGGCUUACGAUGUUACGGGAGAAAUAUGCUUUAGGAGGGAAGAUUAUAUGGACAGCAAUGAACGGUGUAACAUUUCUCCAAAGGCUCGCCACUCGGCAUUCAUGCCCUAUGACUAUGAAGUGUACAAAAGAUUCAAGGCAUUUGAUCAUGAACUUCUGCGCUUGCGGACAUUCUUAGCAUUGCCAACAAACAGACGGCACUAUUAUUUAAGCAAUGGUGUUUUAGUCAACAUACUGUCAAAAUUACUUGGUGGAUUGGGACUUAGCCAUUUGAACAACCUAGAGCUUCUACGGGAGAUGAUUUCCAUUGUAGGGUUGCAAAAUGUUACGAAUGUGCGGGAUGCAAAGGAGACCAAUUUAAAUCGUAAACAAGAUCUUGAUGAUUUAGAAUUGCUAUGGAGUAUUGAGUUUUACAAGGGCUUAACAUUCCCCAGUUGGAUUGGGGAUCUGUCGUUUGCAAAAACAACGCAGAUUAGUCUAAGAGGAUGUACAAAAUGUGCAUAUUUGCCGCCACUUGGUCAGCUACCUCUGGUGCAAGAACUACAUAUUCAGGGAUUGAAUGCAGUAAAGAACGUGUGUGCUGAGUUCUACGGGGAUGGUAGCACUUUGGAGACUCGAUUUCCAUCACUCGAGACUCUGUGCUUUGAGGAUAUGCCAGAAUGGAAAGAGUGGUGUAGUUAUAUUGGUGCUGAAUUUUUAGGACAUUUCUCUUGCCUUCGUCAGCUUACCAUGUCCAAUUGUCCUAAAUUGGAAGAAUUCACUCAUUUCUUGGUGUCACUUGAAAAUUUUGAAGUGUGUACUUGUGCUGCACUAGUGACUCUAUGGCAGAAGGGAAAUGCACCACAACACCUUUCCAAUUUGCAGCACUUAAGUGUCGAGGGAUGUUCCGAACUUGUGUGCUUGACUGAAGAAGAUCAAAUGCUACCUUGUAAUCUUGAAUCUUUGCAAGUAUAUGGCUGUGAUUGUCUGGAGAGAUUUCCAAAUGGCCUGGAAAGCCAUACUUCUCUCAAAGUAUUGAAACUCAUAAAGUGCCCAAAGCUCGUGUCCUUUCCAGAGGCCAAUCUCCCGCCCAUGCUUAGAAGUCUUUUGUUAAAAGACUGCAGUUCACUAGAGUCCCUGCCUAAUUGCAACUCUUGUCUUGAGGAGUUGUGCCUCAAGGAGUGCUCGUCUCUGAGAUCCUUGCCAGUAGAUACACUUUCCUCCACCCUUAAGUCACUUGAGAUUCGUAAUUGCAAGGAAUUAGAGUCAAUUUUAGAGCCGAUUAGACUGAACAUAAUCAUGGAGGAGCCAGGGUGUUUUAGGAUCAGUGAUUGGCCAAAUUUGGAGAAGUUAUUUGUAUCUAUUAGACCUUUUUAUUGUGAAUUGUCUUAUAAGAUGGGACAGCCGUUCUCAACUGGAAGUAGUUUGCUUACUCCCAACCUCACAAGUCUUUUUAUCGGUGGUAUUGCGAAUGACAUUUAUUUUGCAAGCAAGUUUCAAAGCCUCACAUCCCUUGAAUAUUUGUGGAUGUAUUAUUGUGAUAAUCUUGAGUCCUUUCCUCAAGAGAAUUUGCCCCCCAACCUUGCACAAAUUGCUAUCAUAAAUUGCAAAAAAUUGAAGCCUCUAUCAGAGUUUGGCCUCCAUAGACUCUCUUCUCUUUGA